AUGCUGAAACUCUCCGCAGCGACACUUUGCCUUUGUUUGUUGAUGCUGGAGACAUCUGUCAACCGGGGAACUUGUUCACCGGACGGCGUCCAGAGCUCCGAUGAAGAUGCUUUCACCAUCCAGCAUUCCACCACGGGUAAAUGUGUGGAAAAGGGACUCUCAAAAACCUUUACAAUCACCACCUGCAACUCCACCCUCAGAUCCCAGCUGUGGAAGUGGGGUUCAGGCGACAGGCUCUUCCACGUGGCGUCGUCUCUCUGCUUGGCGCUGAACGUCAGCUCGAAGACGCUUGCCCUGGUCGACUGUGGCUCCACCGUUCCUUUGACGUGGCACUGCCUCGACGGACUGGUGUACACAGUUUACCAGAUGGGCCUGACGGUCACCAAAGAUGAAGUUGGGCCCAAGCGGGACUCUAAAGACUCUUGGGUUAGAGGAGGAACCCAAGAGAACAUCUGCCAGAGGCCUUAUCAUGUUGUUCACACCACCAGAGGGAACUCUGCAGGAGCCCCAUGCCAGUUCCCCUUCAAAGUCAACAACACCUGGCAUCACGGAUGUAUUCCUGAUACAAACGUCCCCAGACUGUCCUGGUGUGCCACAUCCUCAGACUUUGACUAUGAGCAGAAGUGGGGGAACUGUCUAUUACCUGAGGUGGGCUGCCAGACCCUGUUCUCCGGACCGCCUGGGGGACCCUGCUACGAGUUUGUUUCCGGCGCCGCGGUGACCUGGCAUGAAGCUUUGCAUUCUUGUCGCAGUCAGGGAGCCGAUCUUCUCAGUCUGUCAGAGUCCGAUCUCAACUCCACAGCCUUUUUGGGCCGACUUCGUGAAAUGCCAGAGAGGAUGUGGAUCGGCCUUCACCAACUGGACAGCUCCCAGGGAUGGCAGUGGUCAGACGGAUCUCCUCUUUAUGUCUUGCGCUGGGAAGCAGGAAUGCCACUCACCUCGUUCCUUAUCGAGUCAGACUGCGGCGUCUUAAAUUCUGGAAAGAACUUUGAGUCUGAAUCAUGCAACAAAAGGCUGCCGUACAUCUGCAAGAAGAGGGUGAACGCCUCCGACACGACGGCCACAGGACCUUUAGUAAAUAAAGAAACAGUGUGUUCAGAGGGCUGGGUGCCAUGGAACGGCUGGUGUUACAAGUUAAUUAACGACACCAACGAACAGAGGAACUUUGUAGACGCUCAAAAAUACUGCAACAACACAGAAAGAGGAGCGCAGCUAGCUAGCUUCCACUCUAUUGACAACAUCGAGAUGAUCAGCACGUAUUUUCCAACAGAUAGGAAUUUUGCUGGUGCCUGGAUUGGUCUCAAGGGUCAUGGAUUAAAACCCACCGUCUUCAUGUGGACUGACAAGGAGCCUGUCAGUUUCACCUACUGGGACCAAAACCAGCCUGUCCAGAAAGCUCAGGAUCCCACCUGUGUCUUCUACUAUCGGGAGUCUCAUGGUUGGCGGGUUGGGGACUGCUCAACGAAGAUGUCUUUCAUGUGUCAGAAAAAAGGAGUCUUCAAUGAGUCGUCAGUACAAGCUGGAUGUCGCUACGAAGAUGGGUGGAGGAGGCAUGGCAGCUCCUGCUAUCUAAUGAGGACUGAACAAGUGCCCUUCAAAGACCACUGUAACGUCACUAUAAGAAACAGGUUUGAGCAGGCCUUCAUCAACCGUCUGCUUGCGGAACACAUCAGCAAAGACCCUCAGUAUUUCUGGAUUGGCCUGCAGGACAUCAAGAACACAGGAGAGUAUCAGUGGAUGAGCCAGGGCGACUCCUCGGGCGUGGUCACGUAUACUAACUGGGGCUGGUUUCAACCAGAUAGGGACGGAGGUUGUGCUGUGAUUUCGACAGCAAAGCCACUGGGCAGGUGGGAAAUAAAGAACUGCAGUCUUUUCAAAGCCGGCACAAUCUGUAGAACAGACCUCCAACCACCUUCAGCACCAGAACCAGAACCGGAUCCUAACGCGACCUGUGCUGAUGGAUGGAUGACUUUAACAGACAGCAAAUACUGCUACAAGGUGUUUCAUGAGGAGCGGCUCAGCAGGAAACGCUCCUGGGAGGAAGCCAGGAGGUUCUGUCAGGCUCUGGGAGCCAACCUGCCCAGUUUCACAAACAUAAAAGAGAUGGCAUUUCUGCACCGCAUUAUGAGGAAUUCAAUUAGCGAUGAUCGGUUCUUCUGGGUAGGCCUGAACAGAAGAAAUCCAACCGAUCAAUCCUGGCAGUGGAGCGAUGGCCAUCCUGUAUCCCUCGAUGUUUUACACCACGAGUUCCACGAGGACGACGGCUACAACAGAGACUGCACAGCUUUCAAGUCAAUGAAGAGAACCUUUACACACCUGCUGCUCUACUUUUAUGACAUAAACAUCCCACCGUUCUUUGCCACGCCAUUCCACUGUGACGCUCAGCUGGAGUGGGUCUGCCAGAUUCCCCGCGGAAUUAAACCGAAGACUCCAGAGUGGUACAAGCCUGAUGGGCACCAUGAGACCUCUGUCUUCAUAGAUGGAGCUGAGUUUUGGUUCGUAAAGGAGCCCAAGCUAAGCUUCAAUGAAGCUACUCAGUAUUGCAAUGCAAAUGGCAGCAAACUGGCUUCUCCGACAAGCAUCAGUGCAACUGCAAAGAUCCAGCAACAACUGGAAAAUUUGGGUGGACCAGAAAAUCAAAAAUGGUGGAUCGAUGUGACACACCCCGGCCGGCUGUUCCCCCCUACGUACACCCAGAUGCACUUUUACCGCUCUCAGUUUUUGGGCCGAUGCACUUACAUCACUCCUAAAAAUCCUUUUCCAGGCAAUGAUCUAAGUUGUCAGCCGAAAAAUCCGUUUGUGUGUGAAAAGCUCAACGUCACGUCAGUGGAGAAAAACCCUGCGAAACCCCAACCUGAAAGAUAUCCUUGUGGAGGCCACUCAGUCUCCUUCAGGAACAAGUGCUACACACUGUUGAACAAGACCUCUAUAGCGUUCAAAGAGGCCAAUGAAGAGUGCAAAUCUUUGAGGGGAACCCUGGUCACCAUAUCAGAUCAAGUGGAACAAGACUUCAUCAACACUCUGUUAUCAAGUGUGGUACAUAUGGAAAGAGUAUGGAUUGGUAUGAAAAUCGAGCAGAACAACUUCCAAUGGGUCGAUCAGACCCCAGUGAACUACUAUAACUUUAACCCUCUGCUUCUGGGCAUGCACAAGUCUAUGGGAAUCAGGACUUUGGAUCCCGAGGGUUCGGUCAUUUGUGCGUUCCUGAUCAAUAAUGACCACUCUGACAUGCUGGGAACCUGGGACUACUCUCCUUGCACCCAGAGUCAAAAUCUGGGCAUUUGCCAAUACUAUGCAGAUAAAACAGAAGAGAAGACCGUUAUCACUGAAAAGCCUUUGAAUGUCAAAGACUACUCUUUCCUACUGGUUUCCAAAAAUCUUACCUGGUUUGAGGCUUUGGAGUACUGCAAAAGUAAAAGUAUGUAUCCAGCGAGCAUUGCCGACGCCUCCGUGCAGUCCGUCCUCAGUGUGAACGUGAACCGCGUUGGAACCGCCAUGUGGAUCGGCCUUUUUAGCGAAGAUAGUGGACAGCACUACCGGUGGACCGACCACAGUCACACUGUGUUCAGUCGAUGGUCUUCAGAGCCCACCAGCGGAGGGUGUGUGUACCUGGACACGGACGGCUUCUGGAAAGCCACAGAAUGCGAGGAUCGGCUUGAAGGCGCCAUCUGCUACAAACCGCACAAUGAAGUCAUUCCCUCACCGGAGCACGCUGCCACUAAAUGCCCUCAUAACAUGAAAGGACCAAACUGGAUUCCCUGGAUGAGCAACUGUUACACCUUUCAACUCGUCCCAACCAGAUGGGAUGCUUUUAAAAAGAAUAAAAUGGAGGACACCUGCAAAGAACUUUAUCCAAACGCCUCCAUCCUAACCAUCAGGAAUGAGAAGGAGAACAAGUUCAUCGCAGAAAAGCUCAAAUCCUACGAAAGCUUAGUUCACUUUGUUUGGCUGGGAAUGUUCAGAAAUAGUGAUAACCAGACCAUGUGGCAAGAUGGUACGAGUGUCCAGUACUCCAACUGGUUGAAAGGCAGACCCAAUUUAAACGGCACCUUCAUGGCUGGUCUCACGACUGAGGGAACCUGGAUUCUCUUAAAAGACAAAGACACCUUUGAGGCGUUCAGACAAAAGUCAAUUGUUGUCUGCAAGCUGGAUAACGAGCCCAAAACGGAGUACAAGCGUUUGCUCAAGAACUUGAAGGCCUACGAGACCCUCUCUUAUGAGGUCGUCACCAAACAGUUAAAUUGGUCUCAGGCACUAGAAGAGUGCAGUCAGCGUGGGGGUCACCUAGCAAGUGUUCAUGACACAAAGCACAACGAGCACCUGCAGCUCAUCGCCAAGACGGAUGGCUUCCCGCUCUGGAUUGGCCUGUCAAACCAGGACGUCAGUGGCUCAGCCUUCGAGUGGUCUGAUGGGACGAAACUUAGGUACAACCACAAGAUCACAGAAUCGCUGACGGACUUCAGCUCAAGCGAGCCCAGUUGUGUGCUCAUGAACCCUGCCGGAGAGUGGGUGAAAACCCUCUGUGAUACCUUGCAAGACGGCGCCAUCUGCUACACCACCAACACCACCACGUCCUCCCAAAGAGCUAAGCUGCAAACCGCCCUGGAGAACAACUCCUGCCCUCAGGGCAACGGGACGUCUAGAUGGGUUCAGCAUCAGGAUCACUGUUAUUUAUUCGACGGGAGCUUCUAUAAUUACAGUGUUUACUUCAUGGAGCAGGCCAAGACGAUAUGUCAGCAGAUGGAUGCUCAGCUACUGACAAUCAAAACCAAACAGGAGAACGACUUCUUGAACAAGCACCUCACCGACGACCCUCUCAUCACCAGUCGAGUUUGGCUCGACGUCAAAUUAGACUCUGCAGGUAAACCUGUGUCCUGGCAGGAUGGCUCGACCUUGUCCUACACGAACCUGAAGUCUGAGCCCUCAUCGUCAGGGAAGCAGUUGAACCCUAACUGCGUUGUCAUGAUGGCAGGAGACGUCGGCGACUGGAAGCUGGUCAACUGUGAAUCCACCAAGAGCCGUGUGGUCUGCAAAACUCAAGCAAAGUCUUCGGGCUCCCCUGUUGCACUGGGACUCUUCAUCAUAGUCCUCCUCGUUCUCCUCCUGGCCAUCGCCUUUAUCAUCUACAAGAAGAAGCGGUCCUACUUCUCCUCAGCGGUUCGCUACGAGAGGACCCUUGAUGACUUGGACACCACCAGUAUAAUAACAGGAAAAGAUUGAGCUUGUCUUGGCGUUCAGCCUCAGGGACUACUGCUGUGCCUGCGUCAUACCUACAUUCUCUACUCCUCAACAACAGUGGAUGCAGCCUUCCUAGUUCUUUUGUUUUAUUAUUUAUUUUUUUUCACUCCAGCCUUAAUGAAAAAAAAAAA